AUGUCUAUACCCGGCGCUUUCGGUGUACCCCCGCAUGAUGACUUCAAGUCGUACAUGCAGCGUGCGCAGCUUCCCUUGAUGGCCAUCAGCAAAGCCAGGGCACAAAGUAUGCCGGCGGAUGGCGAGCACUCGCACCGUAAUAAGUUGCAGGUUCUACAAGGCGGCCGUCGUCGGUUGGAGGUCAUCGAGAAGCUACCGUCCGGACCUGUUGAAGCGGAUACCAUCCGGGAAUUCUUAGCAAAGUCAAUCUCAGGCCUUGAUUGCGCGUACGCCGCCGAUGCGAGCGAGUCUGCCUCUCUACCUGCCGCCGGCUUUGACGUAUCGUCGCUCAGGCCAGGCCCUCCCCGCGACAUGAACUCGUUUGCGCGGUGGAUUGAAGACGGCCCUCUUCGCACACUAGGAUACCUCAUGCGAAGCACAGUUUCUGAGACUCAAAGCUGGUUCUUUGAGCAGCUAUACGAGGGUGGUAUCAACGCAAAGCUCAUACGUGUAUUUCGGUGGACUCAGGAGAAGGAUGCUUUGCAGGAAGCAAGUCAGGCAGAUGAAACGUCGUUGCUUGUCUUCGCACAACCACCCUGGAUACUCGCACCGGCCGACGUCAACAGUUUCUACGAAUGCACCAGCCUACCAGACGAACCAAGCGCCAAAAAGCGCAGCAAGUACGUACUCUGGGCUCAGAUCUACGACUCAUGCAUCGCGCGCAAAUCAUAUCACUUUGUUCUUACAAACUACACCAACUGGGUAUUCGGUACUUUCAGUCCUGGCUAUACGAGAGCGUAUGUUUGCGCCACGUCAAGAUUUGACGGCACGGACCCAACCAUCAUCGAGCUAUUGUACUACUGGCUUGCAUCUGGCAUGCGCAUUCCGGGAACUCUGCAACUGCCUGAGGUGCCAGAAGUUGUGUAUAUCGAGCCUAUCACUCACGCGGUGGCACCAGAACGCGCCCAUGCCUUCACUUCGACGGCUCUACUAGCUACACCGGCUUUCCGUGAAACAGCAUCUCUCUCCGGGUUUGACACGUUCUCGUUGUCUAGCUGGGGAUGCCCAACUGAAACCGCCACUGUCGUACCGGAACAAGCAGAGAUGACGCCAACAAAGACCUUCCUACCCGGACCUGAUCCGGACUCUGGGCUUUUACGCAACACGGAACGAUUCGUUGCCACGCACAGCUGGACGAGCAGGAUCGCGAACAUCCCGGUAGAGCCUGUUCCGGAGCAGGAUGAUCUCGACAAACAGAGUAGCGUCAAUAGCGCAUGGUCAACGCAUUCGGCGGUGACCAUCAGCGCGUUGAAUGGGCAUCCUGCUUCGCACUGGGUCGCACCACAUGCGCGAGGGAAGAUCAUUCCCAGAGCCUUCAAAGCUCCGCCAGAUGCAAUCCCAGAAGAGGUAUGA